GGGAGGUCCCGUAUACGUCCAUCCAAUGGAACGUCGCUAUGGCGUCUUGCCAGAUUCAGAUAGGGCUUUCGAGCAGAAUGGCUGGCUUCGGGCCUCGAACGUCUAAAGGCCCGUGUUCUAGUUAAUAAUUUCGUCGUAUCCCGAUGAAUUUCCGAUAAAAAAAAAAAAAAAGAAAUUUAAAAAAAAAAAAAAAAUGUCGUCGGAAAGGAAGGAGGAACAAAUUUGUAAAAGCGAAACGAGUGUUAAUCAAGAAGCCAACAAGGCCGGUGUUGCCGCUUCCAAAAAUCCUUUUUCUAUCAUUAAUAUAUUGAAUAGAACGGAACCAAAAAGAAAGAACUUGGCCGAUAGUUCGGUGAGUGUGGAUGAUCGUGCUGCCAUCUCGCGGUUGACCUUUGACACGCCACUCAAUGUGGUACGACCUUCUAGUUUGCUUCCGGUGCGGAAGCCAAGUCCGUGGUACCCGUGGGCCUCAGGUCCAACAACGACAUCUCCAAUCUCCAAUAGACUAGAAACUAACAUCGCUAACAGGUUACCUUCUCCUGUAUCUUCUCCUCCAUCAGGACAUCCGAGAUCAGAUUCUGGAGAAGGAGAACAAGAUCUAACAGAAGAUGGAAAUAGAGACAGCAAAAAGAGUCGAAGGAAGAAAAAGACUCGAACUGUGUUUACAAGAAGUCAAGUAUUUCAAUUAGAAUCGACCUUUGAUAUGAAACGAUACCUUUCCAGUUCAGAAAGAGCGGGUUUAGCCGCAUCCCUUCAUUUGACAGAAACUCAAGUGAAAAUAUGGUUUCAAAAUCGUAGGAAUAAAUGGAAACGUCAAUUGGCAGCCGAAUUAGAAGCUGCAAAUAUGGCUCACGCAGCUGCUACUCAACGCUUAGUACGCGUACCCAUUAUCUAUCACGAUAGUGGGUCCGCUCACAACAGCGAUUCCACCACUGCGCCUUAUCCACCCAUCUAUUAUCACCCCUCCUUUAAUCCCAAUCAGGUGAAUUCGGUUCGAGCUCCUUUACCCUCUCUCGUAUGACCUUCGCCUGUAGGUGAGUGU